AUGCGUGCAUGUGUAUAUAUGUGUGCAUAUGUAUAUACGUGUCUACACAUACAUGCGUGUUCGUCAACUGAGCGAUCAUCAUGCACGCAUGCCCCGACAUGCAUCAUGGAGGAGCAUCCGAUCAUUUUGAUGACACGCUGCAUCGCGAUAUUCAUCGUAAGGCGAACUUGUUGGCGUUGUCUAGCGACAGUUCGAGGACAACACCAGCAUCGUGGGAUGAGUCGCUCUAGUGUCGUAGAGCGGGCCCGCUCGAAAACGACCGAGGUAUUUCACCCGAUCGAGGAACUUGAACAGCAAGGUGUGCUCGCGACAGAUGUGAAAAAACUGCGCGAAGCUGGCAUUGUGACCUGUCUGGGCGUUUUGCAGCGUCCGCGGCGCUUGCUCCUUGACAUCAAGGGCCUCUCAGAGGCCAAGGUGGACAAGAUCAUGGCGGCGGCCAGGACAGCCGCCGGUGACGUCAGCUACCGCAGCGGUACAGAGUGUCUGGCGGUGCGUCAGCGUGUUUUUCAUCUCCGAACGGGCAGCGAUGCACUCGAUACGCUACUCGGAGGUGGACUCGAGUCUGCUUCGAUUACCGAAGUCUAUGGAGAAUAUCGCUGUGGUAAGACCCAGCUUUGCCACACGCUGGCUGUGACCGCUCAAGCAGCGGACGAGUCGCAUGCCGGCAGAGUCGUCUACAUCGAUACCGAGGGCAAUUUCCGCCCGGAGCGCAUCCGCGCGAUCGCAACGCGCUUCAGCAUCGAUGCCGAUGACGUGCUCGAGAAUAUUGCGCACGCGCGCGCCUACACCACUGAUCAGCAGCUGGAGCUGCUGCGCGAGGCAGCGGCUCUCAUGUGCGAGUCGCGCUUCGCCUUGGUGAUUGUAGACUCGGCGACGGCGCUCUAUCGCGUGGACUAUAGCGGACGUGGGGAACUCAGUGCACGCCAGCAACAUUUAAAUCAGUUUAUGAGUACGCUUGGCAAGCUCGCCGAGGAGUUCAACGUCUGUGCCCUGGUUACGAAUCAGGUACAGGCGUGCCCGGAUGGCGCGGCGGCUAUGUUCUCCUCAAAUCCAUUGAAGCCGAUCGGCGGUCACAUCAUGGCACAUGCAUCGACCACGAGACUGGCACUCCGGAAAGGACGCGGCGAGCAGCGCAUCGCAAAGCUGGUGGAUAGUCCUUGCCUACCCGAAGGCGAGGCUACUUUCGAAAUAAAUGCCGGUGGUAUUGCGGACGCGGCAGACUAG